AAUACCUUUUCUUCACUUGAAUACAACAAUAUCGUCUUCAACAUUCACUUUUCUCGCUGAUACCGUUCUCUAACUACCUUUCCAAAUUUCACCGCUCCUUCAAAUCUCUCAAUUUUCAUCAAUGGCAGGUAGAGGCAAAACCCUAGGAUCUUCCAACGCCAAGAAGGCUACAUCAAGGAGCAGCAAAGCCGGCCUCCAGUUCCCCGUCGGCCGUAUCGCUCGGUUCCUUAAAGCCGGAAAAUACGCUGAACGCGUCGGCGCCGGUGCCCCUGUUUAUCUUGCCGCCGUUCUCGAAUAUCUCGCCGCCGAGGUUUUGGAAUUGGCUGGAAAUGCUGCAAGGGAUAACAAGAAGACACGUAUUGUGCCGAGACAUAUUCAAUUGGCUGUGAGGAACGAUGAAGAAUUGAGCAAGCUUCUUGGUGAUGUUACCAUUGCUAAUGGUGGUGUUAUGCCCAAUAUUCACAAUCUUUUACUCCCAAAGAAGACUGGUGCUUCCUCUAAGUCCGCCGCUGCUGAUGAUGAAUGAACUUGAUUUUGCUGAGCAAUUACCAAAUUCAGUUUCAAUUUUUUGUAUCUGUUUUAAGGUUCAAACAAUGUUUUGAUCAUUGAGCUGCUAGGUUAAGUUAGGGUUUCAAGUUAGUGAUGUGAAUACAUUGAUUUUCAUCUUGUGACUCUGAAUGAGAUUGUUGAAAAUUUUAUUCAUUGGUGUCUUUCAAUUUUGAUGUGUCAUCUUUUGAGUUGAGUUAUACUCAAGGGUUUGAUAA